AUGACCACUGGCCGCCCUGAAAAAUCGUCAUUCAUUGUGCUGGUUACUGGUGAAAUCGAAAAAGCUGUGGUAGGUCGGGCCUAGUAUCAGUUAUUGAGACGAAUCGGGAUUGGGACGGAAAUUUGGUCAAUUUGCGAAUUGACCAAACAGAUUCAAUUCUGUCGGGAAAAUUUUGAAAAAAUGGAGACUUUUGACUUUUUUGAAAAAUGUUUGAAGGUUAAAAAAUUUGUUUAUGAUCAGUCGGAUUGGGCAAAAUGCCCACGGCCGGUCAGAUUGGGCAAGAUCUCCCAUUUAUUGAUCAAAUUACCCUUCCUAAUACACAUUUUUUGACUUCAAUAAUAAUACAUUUAAUAAUUCAAAAUUUGAUUCCAGUUCCCCGAAGUCAACAGUAUUUACUGUAAGUACAAUUAUGUCUAUGGUCCCGAUUGGAAAUUCAUUAGUGGUGUGGAGGAAGGGCUUAGCCCAAGCUGCGAGAGGGGCCAUCAAUCUUCACAUAUUGCCAUAAACACUCCUAUUGAUGCAACUUUUAGCUCAACUAAUCCUUUCCGAUGUAAGUUACUUGUUAAAUUUUGGGUUUAAAAAUUUUGACAACGCAAAAAUUUUUAAUAUUUUAGGGCCUCAACUCAUAAUCAGCUGUUAUGGGCAUGAUAUGUUUGGAAACGACGUCAUUCGAGGCUACGGAGCGACGUUUAUCCCAACUGCACCGGGAAGGUAUCGUACUCUUCAAUUUUAAGAUGAUCCUAUUUAGGAGUCAAAGAACCGUAGCCAUGUUCGUACCUCAAGCUUCGACUGCAACACAACGAAUACUCUCGUUUUUCACCGGAAGACGCGCCGAAUUUGUCGACAGCAGGAUCGUCUCAAUGUCGCAGGGAAGAGAAAGUAAGUACAAGAAGGAAGAAGAAUAUUGUCGCAUUUAGUAACACGGGUAUCCUCACAAGGCCUCAUUACCGUCACUUUCAACGUUGUUCUGAAGGAUAUCAAGAAGUAUGGAUACGAUGUGUCACCAGCCACCAUUUCAAGGAUAUCAGAGUUUCCUUUACCUCACUUCGAAGAGAAAAGACCUCCAAAAGCUGUUCAAAUCCCUGAACCGAGUCCCGUAGACGAACAAAAAGAUGAACAAGAGAAACCGGAAGAAAUAGUUGAAGAGCCAGUUCAAGAUGAAGUUCAGGAGGUCAAUGAAGAUUCGUCGUAA